CUGUGAGCGGUGCCGAGGACGUGGCACUCUACGUCGGCAUGGUGGCGGUGGCCCUGUGUCUGACGCUGCUGCUCAUCGUGGUCGUCCUGGUGUACCGCCGCAAGAAGGAGGGCCUGGAUGCCGAUGUGGCGGACUCCUCGAUCCUCACCACUGGCUUCCAGCCCAUGGGCAUCAAGCCCAGCAAGCCAGGUGUGUGGGCACCGCGGCCACGCAGGCCCCCUCCCCACAGCAAGAAUUCCCACUUGCUCACCAUCCAUCCCGAUCUUACCACCACCACCACCAGUUACCAAGGCACCCUGCGCUCUCGCUACGACACCACCGGGAAGUUCUCCAUGACCAAUGGGCCUCUGUUGGACCCACUCCCCAACGGCUCACAUACGCCGCACAAUGGAAAGCUUAACUCAGACCCUGCAGAGUUUGUGAGCCGGCUGUCCACUCAGAGCUACUUCAAAACGCUGCCCCGUGACGUGGCCAACACCUCCUAUGGGACCUUCAACUUCCUGGGAGGGAGGCUGACGAUCCCCAACACAGGAAUCAGUCUGCUCAUUCCUCCCGAGGCCAUCCCCAGAGGAAAGAUCUAUGAGAUUUAUCUCACUGUUCAGAGGAAAGAAGAUUUAAGGUUACCCCUGGCAGGUUGCCAGACCCUGCUUAGCCCCGUUGUGAGUUGUGGCCCUCCAGGGGUGGUCCUGAGCCGGCCGGUUAUCCUCAGCAUGGACCACUGCUCUGACGCUUGCCUCGAUAACUGGGCCGUUCGCCUCAAGAAGCAGAACUACGAGGGCGCUUGGGAGGAUGUCUUGCUCAUGGGGGAGGAGCUGGUGUCAGAGCCCUAUUACUGCCAGCUUGAAGCCGAGACGUGCCGGCUGUUCUCCGAGCAGCUGGGCACCUUCGCCUUGGUUGGGGAGUCCCUGCACAUGGGUGCUGCCAAGCGCCUGAGGCUGGUGCUCUUCUCAGAUGCAUACUGCUCAACGCUGGAGUACAACAUCAGGGUGUACUGCAUGGACGACACGCAGGACGUCUUCAAG